GUGAUGAAAUGUCCCAAUAAAUACAAGCAGCACUGUGCCGAAUUUUAGUUUUUCACACUUAUGUCUGAUAUGAUAACAAAGGACUAUUGUUUCAAACAUAAAAGUAAAUAUUCACAUUUACAGGCCUUUUUAUGUAAAACUUUAAAUUAGGAAACAGUUUUCAGUGUAAAACCAAUUUUAUACAAGGGACAUAAAAUAUUUGAAGAGCACAUUCAUUUGUGUUACAAUCAUAAACUUCCCACUUCUUUCAGUUUAGAUAUGAAAAGGAAUACACAAAAUACACAGUCAGCCUAGAUUUCACUGCAUUUUCAGAGGAACAUGUUUUAUGCACUAGCACCAUCUGCUGGUAUAAACAUGAGUAACAAAUAAAAAAAAAAGUAUAUAUUCUUUUAAGGUCAAUGAAAAUGAUUUACCUGCCCAGCAGAGAGAAUGCAGAUACAUAUGUCUGCAUUCUUAUUUUUAUAGAUGUGUCUGUUUCAUUUCCUUUGCAGGUUUAUGCAUACAAACAGUGUUUUAAGACAGCGCAUCAAGCAGGAUCACUUAAUAGAUCAGAUCAAGUGGGUGAAAACCACAGAGCAAGCAGGUUUCCGCUUAUGUGUACUUCUAUGCAUCGAGUUUUAUUUUCUGUUUCUAAAAGGGGCUGAAUAUUUCCCCUUUGGUAUGUCAUUUCCUAUACGUGCGUGUGUAAAGACAGGAUGUGACUAACUGUGAAGCAUAUUAAGGUUUAUGUACAACUUCAUUUUGGGGCUCUGCUUCUCUGACUCCCAGAGUCAGACGCUUUAAAUAAAACAUUUAAAGACAAAGAUCGAUCUUUAUCAUUUCUUAGCAGUUUUCUCUACCCUUUCAUUAAAGAAUUUCCGUGUCAGCCUUCACCAAUACAGAUGGACUUUAUACAUCUCAGAAUCUUAGUUCAGAUAUGGGAAGAUCAUCUACAUAAAGAAGAUGGAGGAUUAGCUACAGCAGAGCAACAUCACAGAGUUUCGGACGAGCUUGAAAACAGUUUCAGGUCACAAACCAAAGUCCCAGGCUCCAGCUAUUUCUGCUCGAUUGAGAAUUGGAACAGGAGCAUCACAGGAUUUUUUUUUAUAGAGUGACUGACUCACUGAGAAAUCUUUAACAUGCUGUUAAACAAAAGGUUUCUUUUUGUCUUGAUGGCAAUAAUAAUUGGGACACUGGUCCUGCUAUCAAUCAAAUAUUGCAUUGGGGCUCCGGCACCACAAAAGAAGAUUUGCUCAUUCCCACUGGAUUUAGCUCCAAACUCUGUUGACGACAUGUACAACGGCUGCGAAGAUGAAAUGGGAAAAAGAGUGGCCAGUUUGCUAAAUACGGAGAAAAAGGGUGAAUUUAGAGAGGCUUGGCGUGCAGCACAAAAAUGCUACAACAAUAAUUGGGCAACCACCAGCUCAAGGCUGAAGAAAGAACAAAUCAUGGCUAUUCAUGCUUAUACCUUGGGAAUGCCGCCAAUAUACGAUGAGUUCAAUAAGGCAGUCCGAACACAAAAAUCUGGGUACACGACCAAAUUUCAAUAUCAUGCACUACACUUCUACCUCACCAUGGCCCUACGCUCCCUCAAGCGCAAUGCACCACAGUGUGUCAAGACUUAUCGGAGAACCAACUGCAAAUUUGAAACCGAGAUCAACAGAGAGAUUCGCUUCGGUGGCUUUGCCUCCAGCUCAGAGGGUGGUUAUCCUUCUCCUCAUUUUGGCGACCAAUCAUGUUUUGAGAUUACCACCUGCUUUGGAGCAGACAUCUCAAAGUUCUCUAUGUUUGAAUGGGAAAACGAGGUCCUGAUCCCUCCGUAUGAGGUUUUUAAGGUAACAGACAUACAGAAAAGAUCUGGGAAGAAUUUCCUUCCAUGCCAGGUUGUCUACAAACUGAAGAGCACAAGAAAAACACGUUCCAGUUUAAACUGUGCUCUCACCAAGUCAGAUUUGUGAUGAAAUGUCCCCCCAAAAAAGCAGCAUUGUGCAAAGUUAGACAUAAGUCAAGUAUAGUCUGCCCAAUUUUAGUUUUAUAAGUAAUUACCGUAAAUAUAAUCAUAAGAAACAUACAAGACUGAAUAAUUCACAUUAGGAAACAUUUUCAAAAGUAAAACAAAUUUUAUAAAAAGGGACAUCAAAUAUUUGUUAGUCUUACAAUUAUUAACUUUAUGUUCACUUUCCUUUUCUAAUUCAAAGUAAUCCUAAACCCAUGCGGCUGUGCUUUUCUUUGUCACUACCCAUAAAGGCAGACUGAGAUUUGUUUUAUGGAAGUCCAAACAUGCACAAAAUAAAGAAGUCAUAUAAUUAUUACUUAAAUUGUUUGCAACAUAUAUUAAUUGCUAACCUUGACUGAACAAUUUCACAAUUAAUUAUAAAAAAAUAAUGUUUUGAUUAAAUUCCUGAUAUUUAAUUAAUUGUUGAUACAUUCAUUUAUACAAUUCUGCUUCCAUGUUAUCUAUGACAUUCAUAAAUAAUCUAAUAAUAAUAAUGAUUUCUGUAUUUAUUAUAUUUUGGCACUUAGAAACUCAAUAUAUUGCUGAAAGCAGAUCAUUCCUUCCCACUGUCACUUCCUGCUUGCUGAAGAUACUAACCUGACUGCUCUAAGCAAAUAGUUGUUUCUGUUUGAGAGAAAAAAUAUUAACUGCCAUAAAAUAAUAAUCUGUAUUUGAAUAUUUUAAACUGCAAUUUCAUUUGAACUGGACUGAAUGUGUAACUGAAUCUGAAUCUGACUGAAUUGUGUUGGACAAGUAGGAUGUGAUAAUGAAUACAUUUGACUAUUUUAUAUUAGAUAUUUAUUGUGAAAUGGUUCUAUAUACAUGUACUGAACUGAACCAACAAUCUAAAAAAAAGACAAAAGAAAAUAUUUCAUAGCUGGUAUUAAUUUUUCUCUACUACUGUUAUAUUUCCUGUUUGACUAUUCUGUUUUAAUAAAUCUCACAAAAAUGCAUGCACUUUUCUGGAUGUGUUUGUUUUAUAAUUGAAUCAUGUUCUGGUUUUUAAUAUGUAAACGCUUCUGGUUAUAUCUGUAUGGUGAAUGCAAAUUUAUUUCAAAUGUCUUGUUUGAGAUCAUACUACGAUGACUUGUCAUUAUUUUAAGAUUUGUCAUAUUUUGCCAUAAUAAAGUUACAUUGGUUGGAAUACACUUA